AAAUUAGUAUUACAUUCGCCUCGUAGAGAUCUCCUCCGUAAAAGUGACAUUUGUCAAAAAUCUUUCUACUUCCUUUUCUUUCUAUCAACAACAGCUGCAAGAUGAAAAUUGGUUUGUGUUCGUUUAGCGGGUACAAAAUAUAUCCCGGCCAUGGCAAAACUAUGGUCAAAAUUGAUGGGAAAACUUUUACUUUUCUGGAUAAAAAAUGCGAGCGAUCUUACUUAAUGAAGCGAAAUCCCCGCAAGGUGACGUGGACGGUGUUGUAUCGUCGCAAACAUCGUAAAGGUGUUGAAGAGGAAGCGACGAAAAAACGUACGCGUCGAACACAAAAAUUUCAACGAGCUAUUGUUGGCGCUUCAUUAGCUGAGAUCAUGGCUAAACGUAAUAUGAAGCCUGAAGUGCGCCGAGCUCAACGUGAACAAGCUAUUAAAGCUGCCAAGGAGCAAAAACGUGCAGCCAAGGCUGCCAAGAAGGCUACGCAGCCUGCACAGCCUAAGCAAAAGGCUCCACCCAAACAAAAGGCUGCCAAAGUAACUCAGAAGGCAGCACCUCGCAUAGGCGGCAAGCGAUAAGGGGGAAGAAUAGUAAUAUAUAUAAAAAUAGUAAUAGUAAUAAAGCUUAUAAUUCUAAUAUAAGCACGCUUUACGUA